CAACGUCCUUUCUCACCUCGACCAUCUCUUGAUCAUCAUCAGCACGGCGCGCAGGAGAGCAUCUGCAUACAGUCCUCGCACUCCGUCUCGCCCUCACCCUCACCACCAGCAUAUAGUCGCCUCCAGCUCCAUCCCCUGCCUGGCUGAGCACGCCAAGCGCGACUCGCGGCGUCUCGGUGUAAACACGCCCUCGCAUACGACAUCCCCUCAUCAUCGCCAUGACAACAGCCUACACCCGCCCUCACGGGCACGGCGCAAACGCAGGUGGCCCACUCAACCCUCUCUCUGGCUCAACAACCAACCUCGACUCACGCCGUCGCGACCCCUCGUCAGCAACAACGUACACCGCCGGCGGUGCCGCGACCAAAUCGCCCACCCGCCGCAAAGAGUCUCCCGUCGCUCCGACGACUACGGCGACGGCCAAUGUUGCGACGGCCACUGCGGCUCCCGCUGCGGAGCGCAAGAGCAAGAAGCCAGCGCAAGAGAAGCCCGUGAAUCUGCCUGACCCGCCGGCCAGCCUCGUCGACAAUGAAGGGGUGCAAUGGACGCGCGGCCGCUUGCUUGGCUCGGGAGGGUUUGCGAGGGUGUACGACGCGAUCAGCGAGCGAGGGGAGAUGCGCGCUUUCAAGGUUAUUGCGAAGAAGCAUUUGCAGAGUAGAAAGACGAGACAGAAGAUCCUCGCGGAGAUUAUGAUCCACUCGUCGUUCAAGCACCCCAACGUCGUGACCUUUGAGGACGCCAUUGAGGACGAUGAGCAUGUGUAUUUCAAGUUGGAGCUGUGCAAGGCUGGCUCAAUGAACGACAUGGUCAAGAAGCGCGGCCGCUACACCGACGCCGAGUCGCGCUUCUUCAUGGUACAGAUCCUCGCCGGUUGCCAAGGCAUGCACACCCACAACAUCAUUCAUCGCGACCUGAAACUCGGCAACAUCUUCCUCGACGAGGGCAUGAAUGUCAAGAUUGGCGACUUUGGCCUAGCCGCGCUCCUCAAAGAGGUGGGCGAGAGAAAGAAGACCGUCUGCGGCACGCCAAACUACAUUGCGCCCGAGGUCCUCUACGACGAAGGCGAGGGCCACUCGUUCGAGGUGGACAUCUGGAGCGUAGGCGUCAUCCUCUACACGAUGCUCGUCGGUCGCCCCCCAUUCCAGACGUCGGACAUUCAGAAGAUCUACGCGCGCAUCAAGAACAACGAUUACGAGAUCCCGGUAGAAGCGGGGUUGCGACCAGAGGCGGAGGACUUGAUCACGAGUAUUCUCGCCCCGAAACCGCAAGAUCGACCCAGCCUCAUCGAGAUUAUGAACCACCCUUGGUUCACCGCUGGCCCCAUCCCGACGUUCAUCCCCAUGCACGCGACCAAGACGCUUCCUAAGCUCAACCUGCCCGCCACGCCCGAGGAGAAUCGUCGCAAUUUCGACUUUGUCAAGCAGAAGAGUGCGUGGAUCCCCAACGCGGACGACGUGCUUGACGACGAGGACGAAGAGGCGGAGGCGGACCCUCGCGAGGAGUUGAAGCAGCAGGAGUUGCUCGAGGAGGAGAGAGAGAAGAUCGACGCAGCAUUCAAGCGGGCCAUUCAGCCUGCGAGCCCCAUCUCGGCGCUGCUCAAGGCGAGCAGGCAGCCGCUCAUCAAGGCGGGAGGCGCGGGUGGGCGGUCGAGUGGUGGGGGGAGUGGGGCUGCGCUUGCGAGACAGCUGUCCGCGAUGAGCAUCAAGGGUGGGGCCUCCAAGGCCGCCGCGCCAGGCGUUACGCAAGCCGCCGCGCCAGCCGUGCCCCUCGACAAAGAGAAUGCUUCGCCCCUCGACGCCAUGCCACCACCGCGUACCGUCCGCCGCAAUCUCGACGUCGCGCUCGCCCCGACCUCCGAAUACGAAGCAGCAGAGGAGCGUCGCAUGCUCGGCCAGAAGGCGCGCCUCGUCGCAGGCAUGUCCGGCGCAACCGUCAUGACGGCGGGCUCGUCGCGCCCCACAACCGCAGGCAGCGAAGACGAGGCGCCAAACCCCUCUGCCACUCCCCCGCCGCGCACGACGUCCGACCUCGACACCAUGGUCCACUACCUCGGCGAAGCCCUCGUCGCCUCGGAAGCUGGCCUACCUUACGCACCCCUCGACCACGCAGGGCGGCGCCUCGAGCAAGAAGAGGGCAGCGCGCCCGACCCCAAAGUCUUUGUCAUCUCGUGGCUGGACCACAGCGAAAAGUACGGGCUAGGCUACGCCUUGAGCGACGGUAGCGUGGGGGUGUACUUCCGCGACUCGACGAGCAUGGCCAUCAAUUGCGCUCGCAGCCAUGCGGAGUACAUGCCGAGUGGGGGCCGGAGACGCGCGAACGCCAACGAGGUGGGCGACAACGAGCUGGACGUGAAGCGCGAGAACUACGAUGUCGCGGCGUACAAUGCAGCGAGCGAUCGGGAUCGUCCUGUGGACCUUCCCUUCCCCUCUGCGCUCCACCCAAAGAUCAAGGUGCUCCGCUACUUUGAGCAGGAGAUCAUGGAUCGACUCUACGGUGCCGACUCGCCGCUCACAUAUCGCGACCUCGCCACGAGCAAAGGGAUCCCACACGUCCACAAGUGGUAUCGCUGCCAUGCUGCCAUCCUAUUCCGUCUGAGCACGGGGCUUGUCCAAUUCAACUUUUACGACCACACGAAAGUGUUCAUCCAUCUCAACGCGAACGGGAUGGUGGUGAGCGUCUUGCCCCCCGUGGAAAGCACGGGUGGCGUGCAGGCGUUGAAGAGUUAUUGGAUUGGGGAGAUGGUGGGGAUCGCGCAUCCGGAGAGGGCGGGGAGGGAGAGGGAGCAAGGGUGGAAGGGGAGGGGUACGAGCCCUAGUGAGAGGAGGAUGGUGAGGGGGGUCAUGAAGAAGUUGAAGGUCGUCCUGGGCGUGUUGAGUAGCACCGUUGCGGGCGCGACGGCGACUGCGACGCCGACCGCGACGACGACCGCGACCACGAGAAGAUGAGUCGCACUCUCCCUUCUUCGCACCAUUCCCCCGCUCUUCACUCACGACACGCACGCACGCACGCACGCACGCACGCACGCACGCACGCAUACGGCACUUUCUCUAGCAUCUCAUCCCUUGUCCUCCGUCUUCUUUUCUUUGGCUCGACAUUCAUUCGGUCUCGCGGCGAACUGCGCUCAUGCUCAUCUCAUUCAAUUGCAUACAUUUGACGAUCAAGGUG